AGUUAGAAUAUAGUAACUCCUUAGCAUAUUCCAAAUCGUUGGUAAAUGGCUUUUUAAGUUUUAGUUUUCGUGAAUUUUGGUGAGGUUAUUCGCAGAUAACAAAUUUGCCUCUCUCUGAUCUCUGCUGUUGCGCCCGGAGAGUGUGCGCCACAAUUCUUGUGAACUUCGCAGUAUGAAGAACCACUCAGGAAUCACUGAGCAACACUGAGAACUAAGCAAGCACGGAGUGUGGUACGUGUGGUAUGAUUUGGCGUUUGCUGUUGCGGUGCUGUAUAAUAAAUCCCCUAUAACAUUCUGCGUGUAAUUUAUAUCAUGGAUGCUUAUGACUUGUUCAAGAAGUUGUCAUAUGGUGCAAAAUUCACACGCAGGAAACUUGACAGUAUCCAAAAAUCCAAGCAGGAAACUUCUUCUGUCGUUAAUGUCAAUGCUGUGAAAGAGGAAGUAUCAGUUAAACCAGAACCUUCAAUAAGUAACCAUGAAGAUAUGAAAAAAAGUGAGGUUACAGAGUUAACACUAUUAGGUUCAAUGACAACAGAAGGAGGAAUAUUAGGAAAUAAAUCGAAGAAGAAAAAGAAAAAAAUAGAUCCAGAAGUUAAAGCAGCUAUCUUGGAACAAGAAAGGCUUACUCAGCUGCGCAAGAAACAUCGCAUCACUGUGGUUGGAAAAGAUGUGCCGGAACCAGUGGAAGCUUUCGAGCAGCUUAAGGAUUAUGGAAUAUCACCUGAAUUAAUCCAACGAUUGCACGAGUGCAAUUAUGCUGUUCCCACUCCCAUACAGAUGCAAGCCAUUCCUCUCAUGUUGCAAGGUCGUCAAAUUCUUGCUUGUGCUCCAACUGGUUCCGGAAAGACUGUUGCCUUCCUGCUGCCAAUUAUUCAUCACCUGAAGGGACCUAGGCGGAAGGGGUUUCGAGCUGUAAUUGUUAGUCCAACAAGAGAACUUGCUAAGCAAACCUAUAGGGAAUGUCUGAGGCUUGCAGACUGCUAUAAAUUAAAAGUUCACAUAAUAAGUAAGGUGGCAACUGCUAUCAACAAGUUUGGACCAGAUUCAUCUCAGAAAUUUGAUAUUUUAAUAACGACACCUAAUAGGUUGGUGUAUUUACUUAACCAAGAACCACCUGUCAUCUCCCUUUCCAAUGUAGAAUGGUUAGUAGUUGAUGAAUCUGAUAAACUUUUUGAAGCUGGUGAACGUGGUUUUCGAGAUCAGUUGGCUGUUAUCUAUCAAGCAUGCAAUGCAGAUAAUAUUCGAAGAGCUAUGUUUUCGGCUACUUACACUCCAGUGGUGGCCAAGUGGGCUCGUAAAAAUCUUAAGAAACUUGUUUCUAUUACUAUUGGUCAUCGAAAUGCUGCUGCUGAGUUGGUUGAGCAAGAAUUGCUAUUUGUGGGAAGUGAACAAGGGAAACUUGUUGCUUUUCGGAAUCUAAUAAAGCAGGGUCUUACUCCACCUGUGUUAGUCUUUGUUCAAACCAAAGAAAGAGCAAAAGAACUUUUUAAAGAACUCAUCUACGAUGGAAUCAAUGUUGAUAUAAUUCAUGCUGAUAGAACUCAAAUGCAGAGAGAUAAUGUGGUUCGCAGCUUUCGAGAAGGAUUUAUAUGGGUGCUCAUUUGCACCGAACUGAUGGGCCGUGGUAUUGACUUCAAAGGUGUAAACUUGGUUAUCAACUAUGACUUCCCACCAACUGCUAUCUCUUAUGUACAUCGCAUAGGACGAACUGGACGUGCUGGAAGGCCUGGUAAAGCUAUCACAUUCUUUACUGAAGAUGACAAGGUCUGCCUACGCAGUAUUGUCCAUGUCAUGAGAGAUUCUGGUUGUGAUGUUCCUGAAUAUCUUAUCAAACUCAAGAAAUCCAAUAAAAGAGCUCGUAAACAGUUUGCAGAACGUGCUCCAAAGAGAGAUCCGAUUUUCAAACAACCAAAUUUUAUAAAAUCAGACCAAUUUGAAACAAGGAAAAGACAUAGGAAGAACUGGAACAAAGUAGAAGUUAGUAAUGGUACUGGAGAACCAGUGAAGAAGAAAACCAAACAAUCUUGUAGUAAAGAUGUAUGAUUUGUAAUAAAUCUUUGAUAAUAAAAAAAAAUAUAUGGUUUCUUUGGUAUUUCCAAUUUCUUGCCACCAUUUAUCAAAACUGUAUAAGAACC